GACCGUGUGCUCUGUCCGGGACCAGAGCUGUCGAAUCUCGUUUAAAGGCGGCGCAAGCAGGCCACCCACACUUGACGCUUACCUUUGAAAAACUGCGGCAUAAGCUGCCGUCAGAGAGAUCUAGGAGCGUCCCGAAGUGCAAACUUCUUAAAGUUACAUUUAUUUUGAAGGGGGGGUGGUGCUGUCACGGCGUGCGGUGGAGGUCAUAGGACAACUUUGCGGGACUCAGUUCCACCCUAACUCUUCCUGUUCUUGCACCGUUUGACUGACGCAGGGCAGGGUCACGGCCUGAGGACUGGCAGAUUCUAAACCCAGGCUUUCCAGGCUCCCAGAAAGCCACCAGACCCCACAUGGAACCGAGGUCCCCAUCCCCAGCUGCCAUAUCCUCGGUGGAGAGAAAAUUCCAUGUUCUUGUGGGUGUCACUGGAAGCGUGGCUGCCCUGAAGCUGCCUCUUCUGGUGUCAAAGCUUUUGGACAUUCCUGGGCUGGAAGUCACAGUGGUAACAACUGAGAGAGCCAAACAUUUCUAUAGCCCCCAGGAUGUUCCUGUCACCCUCUACAGCGACGCCGAUGAAUGGGAGAUGUGGAAGCGCCGCUCCGACCCAGUUCUCCACAUUGACCUGCGAAGGUGGGCUGACCUCAUGCUAGUGGCUCCCCUCGAUGCCAACACUCUGGGGAAGGUGGCCAGUGGCAUCUGUGACAACUUACUUACCUGUGUCAUCCGGGCCUGGGACCUCAGCAAGCCCCUCCUCUUCUGCCCUGCCAUGAACACGGCCAUGUGGAAGCACCCUCUCACUGCACAGCAGGUGGGCCAGCUCAAGGCCUUCGGCUACAUGGAGAUUCCCUGUGUGAGCAAGAAGCUGGUGUGUGGAGACCAAGGUCUCGGAGCCAUGGCUGAGGUGGAGACCAUUGUGGAUAAAGUGAAAGAAGUGCUCUUCCAGCAUGGUGGCGUCCAGCAGAGUUGAACUGGGAUUAUGUCAUGGUGUUCCUGCACCUAGUGAGUUCAACGUGAGCUCUUGAAGAAGGACAUCAGCACAGUAUGAAGAGCCUGUGUUUGCUGAGGAGGGGCUGGCUAGCACCUUCUCAGAGCUUCCCUGGGAGCUAACCCUCUUAAGUUAAACAACUACAGACCCAAGUCCUACCUGCUUUUAACCAGGAGAUACCUGCUUUCCAGAAGCCCUCCCAUUUCUUUCUGGGAUAGGCCCAGCAAACCAGGCAAACAGGCUGUUACCAGAAGGAUAAUUGAAUGACUGAGGGACCUUCUGCCUGGAAAUUGCUUUUAGAAACACCAUGGCUGAAGCUGGGUGUGGUGGCUCACGUCUGUAAUCCGAACACUCAGAAGGCUGAGGUAAGAUUGCCACAACUUUGACGUUGCCAGGCCUGUGAGUGUGACAGCCUAUUUCAAAACAAAAGCAACAACAAGAAGAAACCUAGCUCGAGAUCCUGACACAGCAGGCUCCUGACCAGGCAGGCCUUGGAAGCUUCCAGGUGUCACACAAAGUCAAGAAGUCUGUGAGGAGGCAAGACUUCACAUUUCCCACAGAUUACCGAGAGUGGGGGCAGGGAUGGUCCUGGGAAAUAAAAGAAAGUGACCUUU